CAGUACUUGAAACCACGAGAGACAUAGAUCUGGGACACAGGCGUCGAGGCUGAAAUGUCCCCCCGCUCCCCGACCCCGGCCUCCCCGCCCCGUCGCUCCUCCUCCGACAAGGGCCCACGUCUCCGCGAGCCUUAUCCAAUACCGAGCAACAACCCGGCCAGUCAGUACACCCUCCUCGAGAAACUCGGCACCGGUAGCUUUGGCGUCGUCUACAAGGCGAUGCACAACGAGACAAAGCAGAUCGUCGCCAUCAAACAGAUCGACCUCGAGGAUUCGGAUGACGACAUUUCAGAGAUACAACAAGAGAUCGCGAGUCUUGCCCAGUGCGACUCGGAAUAUGUUACACGUUAUUAUGGAUCGUUCGUCGUCGCAUACAAACUCUGGAUCGUCAUGGAGUACCUGGCGGGAGGCUCAUGUCUUGAUCUUCUCAAGGCAGGCACCUUUUCGGAGGCCCAUAUCGCAGUCAUAUGUCGGGAGCUAUUGCUCGGCCUUGACUACCUCCACUCCGAAGGCACCAUCCAUCGCGACAUCAAAGCUGCUAAUGUCCUCCUGUCCGCCAGCGGCAAAGUCAAGCUAGCCGACUUUGGUGUCGCCGCCCAGCUGACCAGCACUCUCCGACAUACGUUCGUCGGCACUCCCUUCUGGAUGGCGCCAGAGGUAAUUCGGCAGGCGGGCUACGACGCCAAGGCAGAUGUAUGGAGUUUGGGCAUAACCGCCAUCGAAUUGGCCAAAGGCGAGCCACCUCUGGCGGAAUAUCACCCCAUGCGCGUUCUUUUCUUGAUACCCAAGGCGAAGCCACCAGUGCUAGACGGCGCUUUCUCCCCCAACUUCAAAGACUUUGUCACUCAAUGUCUGACGAAAGAUCCGCAUGCACGACCAAGUACUAAGGAGCUCCUUGCUCAUCGAUUUAUUAGGGGAGCCAAGAAGACGUCUUAUCUCACUGAACUCAUCGAGCGAUAUCAAGACCAUCGCGCCCGCCAGCCUCACAAGGGCGCUCAACAGCCUUAUCAGGCGACAGCCAGGAAUAGCAUGCAUUGGGAGAACAACGGUACCAUCAGGAGUGACUGGAACUUUGAUACUAUCAAGUCGACAUCGGCCAUGGGAACGUUCCGCAGUGCCGCCCGGGACUUGCUGCCGGAGGGGGACUACGAGGACUACAUCGAGGAAAUGGACGACAUUUACGAGGACGAGGACGAAUCGGUCGACACCGGAGGUGCUGUCAAGGGCAGCGAUCCGCUCGGCCAUCCAAACGGGAUAGGCAUGAACCCUCAGGCUGCGCAUUCGACGGUCAUCAUCAAGGGCUCCCCAGAGGAGGUGGACGUGCACGCGCUCAUGGCCGCGGAAGCGAACGACCCGUCCACGGAGACGCCCGUGCUGGACGAGGACGACUCGCCGAUGGACGGCCGGUCAACCAACAGCGGAUCUCUGCGCUCGACCCGGCGCUCGUCGUACGCCGCGCGGAGCAACAUCCGAGGCGCCGGCACGAUCAUGAGAGAGGCCGAUCUCGGCACCGGCGUAGAUACCAUUCGGCCCGUAAAGAAGGUUGAUACCGCCGGCUCUUUGCGGCUCUCUGCCGAGUAUGUAGGGAAUCAACGAACGCGGGAAGAGGGGGCAUCGUCACCUACAUCGCCAACGCCCUCGAAAGGAUCGGCUAAACGGAGGAUCAGCGAGAAGGAACAGGGUGGCAAGGCAUUGGUGGAUGACGUUGUCAUCCCCGUUCUACAGAAUGCCAUUAGUGACGAUAUGGACGCACGAGAAAUUGAAUCCCUUAGUAUGCUCGCCAGAGGCUUCGCCGACCUGCGGGACACCAACCCCGCACUUAGUUAUAACAUCAUCCUUGAUAUACUAUCAGGCAUUAAUGACAACCAGUCGGUUCGCCGCCACAUCCACACUUCCCGCGGUCUGUUCCCACACAAGCGUGUUGUUCGUAGAAGUGAAAUGACGACAAAGGGCCUGAUUGUCACCGAGGAACAGGAAGAAAUAUCGGGACUUCCAGAGUCAUCUUCGCCGUCUCCCUAUCCCCCUUCAAUGAAAUCAGAUGAGAGCAGUUCUACCAGCUCUCCGUCGCGCAAGUCUCCUAUAGCUGAGCUACUUUACAUGCGGUGGCUGGAGGGUCUCAAAAUCAAAUGGCCCAGUAUCUUGUCGUCAGCCUGAUUGCAGAGGAACACUUUUGUCUCCACAUGUCAUAGGCAUGCCCUUUAUUCCCCCACUUAGGUGUAUAUACUGUUACACAUUACAUUCCUUACCCACGCUACCAGACUUUAUCUGCGAUACCACUGAUGACGCUGUGUUGUUGAUACUACUUGGUUGCAUUCGGGCACGUUAAUCUUUCUGGUAUAUCAUGGUCACGAUAAUUUAUGUACCCACUUACGAUUUCAUGACGAUUCAAGAGGUUAUUGAAGUGCCAUGUUGCCUUGUUGAACACGCUGAAACAAAGACCUGAAAAAGAAUGUAUAGCAUAUAUGCUAGGGAUUAUAGUAUGUGGUAUGUGUAUCGUAUAUAUCAUGAACCCCCG